AUGGACAUUCUGAACCGAGGCUUCGCAGCGGUGCAACCGGCUGCAGGUCGUGAUUUUGCCGGUAACGAGAAGGAGCAGGGUCCGGAUGUGCGAACAGUGAACCGACAGAGUCCCGGUAACCGUAUGAGGGAGCUCCAGGUGACCGGCACAGCGGAGGUGUGUUGCCCGGCGGACAGAGCCUCUGUCCGGGUGAGUGUGGGCAGCAUCAAGGAGUCAGUGACCGAGGUGACCGGCAGCGUGUCGCGGAGACUCGAGUACAUUUUACAGUCUCUCAGACAGCAUGGCAUCAGUGAGACGGAUUCUUCAGUGAGGAGGCUUCUCUCCAGGGAGGAGGACCUGUAUCGCAUGGAUGCAGAGGUCGUGGUCACCUUCUCAGACUUUGAGAAGAUGGAGCAGUUUUGCAGUGUCCUGCUGGAGAAGCUGGACAAGAGUGUCCAUGUGGGAACGCCAAAGUUCUACCACAGUGCAGAGUGCCUGGGUCAACUGAGGAAGCGAGUGUGUGUAUCUGCAGUUGAUAAUGCUCAGCAGAAGGCCAGGGAAAUCAGUCAGCUGCUGGGACAAAUGCUGGGAAACCCUUUGCUGGUCAGAGAGGACGAGACAAGGGACUGGAGGAAUGAGGAUGAGGAGAAUGGAGGCAGAGGACACAGCUCUCUACCCACAAUCACAGCCUCCUCGCGGGUGUCCGUCUACUUCAGCCUCAAAGACAGAAGCAGGAAAAAUUUCUAA